CCCACAUAAAGCUUAAAGUAAACGUGAUGGGUGAGCUCAGAGGGGCUCGGUAUAUAAACAGCAACAUGUGGAGGAGAUGCGCUCAAGUUUCCUGACACGCGGGAUGCGAUGAUCAGAUCUGAACAAAGGAGCGCAAAUGGUACCCAAAACAUGACGCGCUCCUGCGCUUGAGCGGCGCGUGGAUUAUUGUCGCUGUUGUUACUAAUAUGAGUGGCCAUGGCUUGGCGUGACCGUGGAGUUCAGAUGCUGCUGGCCACUAUCGGGGCUUUUUUGGCUUUUAGUUUGAUGAGCAUCGCCAUCGGGACCGACUAUUGGCUUUAUUCUCGGGCUUAUAUCUGUAACGCCACCAACAGCACGUCGGACGAGACGCAGACGCAACCCAAGAAAGUCCGCGGAGAUCUCACGCACUCCGGGCUUUGGAGGAUCUGCUGUAUUGAAGGUCUCAACAAAGGAAGUUGUUACAGAAUCAACCAUUUCCCUGAUGAUAAUGAUUAUGACACAGACAGCUCUGAAUAUCUCUUACGUAUCGUGCGUGCCUCCAGUGUUUUCCCCAUCCUCUGUACCGUUCUACUGAUGCUGGGGGGUCUGUGUGUAGGGGUGGGCCGUAUCUACAGCAAGAGGAACAGCAUAUUACUGAGCGCUGGGAUACUGUUCGUGGCAGCAGGUCUGAGCAACAUCAUCGGCAUAAUCGUCUACAUCUCCAGCAACGCCGGAGACCCCAGCGACAAGCGGGACGAGGACAAGAAGAACCAGAAUAACUAUGGGUGGUCUUUCUACUUCGGCGCGCUCUCGUUCAUCGUGGCCGAGGCCGUGGCCGUUCUUGCUGUCAACAUCUACAUCGAGAAGAACAAAGAAGUACGUUUCAAAGCACACCGAGAGUUCAUCAAGUCUACCUCUUCUCCUUCUCCGUAUUCCCGGAUGCCCAGUUACCGCUACCGCAGACGGCACUCGCGCUCCAGCUCUCGUUCCUCGGAAGCUUCUCGCGAGGUGUCGCCCAUGGGACUCAAGUUGAUGAGCUCAGCUCCUUUAGGAGAGAUUAACAUGUACACGUUGACAAGAGAUCCCCUCAAAUCAGGGACGGACAGCUCGUACAGCCCUGACCAUGAUUCUGGAUUCCUCCAAGUGCACAACUGCUACUCCAAAGACCUUAAUGACGGUGUCAACAGGAGGACGACGCCCGUAUGAGGCUACAAUUUGGAGCAGGUAGUGAUACGACCGUUUGAUAUGGAUAGCCAGCUGGGGUCGGUGGCCUGUGACAGAUGCCGGAGGAAAGGAUUCUCAUUGGUGCCGCCAGUCAACAAAUGGGACGUCCCGUUGGUGAAGGAGAAGCACUGUGUUAUUAAAAACAGAUUUGGUUUUGGAUUGCUGGUGUGUGUUUUGGAGAAUGUUGGGAAUCUUUGGAGAAGUUGGAAAUUCUCAGAGACUCUUUGAGACAAGAUGUGAAGCGAACCGUCUUCAAACAAUACAGCAUUUGAACUUGGUAUAAGCCACUCAAUGACUGUCGAUAAAAAAAAUCGAUUGUCAGUUCGUUUGUCAGUACAGUGCCAUACUCUUAAUGUAUACUGAUAUGAAAAUUACUUAUGAAUUGUUUGGUGCUAAUGUUGGCUCACAGCUGAAGCCUUCCCCUCCAAGUGGUUUUAGCUCGAACCCGAGUUGAAUACUGAACGUCUUUUCAAGUGUCCUGUUGUUUGUAGCCAUAGUUGUCUAGUCCUCAUUGUGCCUAUCAGCUUGGCAGUGCUCACACUUACUCUAGAGCCACUUUCAAACUGCUGCAGAGUUUCUCGGUUUGUGUUGUUGUAAAACUACUGUAGGAGUAUUAGUUAAAGGUGCUGUAAGUGAUCCUCAGACGUAUCCACUUAAUAAUACACGCCUUUGGCUUUUUGUGUCGUAGAUCCACUGGUUUGAUCUUCUUGUGUCCCAUAUUUUGGCUGCCAAAUUUAAUCUGUAAAUGUUCACUGGAAAAGGGAUUCACCGAUUGUUAGUGUACACCCUGCUGAAAAAGAACAGUUUAGACCAGUGUGAAUUUUCCAUGUCUGUGUACUCUGGUUUAUGCUGCUUCUUGCUGGUGUAGCUGGUUGACCAAUAUUUUGGUGAAAGUUGUUGACGAAGGAACACUAAAGAAAAAAUAAAGGUGCUUAAAAGGUUCCUCACAGCAAUGCCAUAGAAGAACCAUUAUUGGUUCCACAAAGAAACAUUUAGUCAAAGGUUCUUUGGAGAACCAUCUCUUUCUUAUUUUUUUAUAAUCUGAAGAACCCAUUUUCACCGCAAAGUACAUUUUGUGAAACAGAAAGUUUCUUUAGAUGUUAAAGGUACACUGUAAAAAACAAUUUGUUGAAUUAAGUCAAUACAUUUUUUUACCCCGCUGCCUUAAAAUAUGAUGUUAAGUUAACAAUAAAUUUCUUGUUGUGUUCAAAGUAGAGUCCACCUUUAAAAAUUAGUCUUUGUAAUGAUUUUUCCAAGUUGACUUAAGUAUUAUUUUCUAGUUCAAACAACAAAUAUCUUUGUUAUUUUAACUUAUCAAUGAGUUGAUUCAACUUAAUCACAUUUGUUACCUCGCUGCCUUAAAUUUUUUAGUUAAGAUGACAAAAACAUUUGUGUUGUGUUAACUUGGCAUUUACAUUUUAAUAGUUUUUUUGCAAACAAAGAAACAAUUCGCUAUAUAAGUUAAAUUGAAAUUAUACAUUGCAUACAGUACUUGACUUUAAAUAUCAAACAACAUUUUUGCUGCCUUAAAUUUUGAAGUGCAAUCAAACUGUAAUUUCAAUCUGAUAUUCAAUCUAAUAUAUUAUUUAACAAACUUACUGUUUACUUUCCAUUACAAACUGCACUCAAUUUGGUUGCAAUUUAAGGCGGUCAAUAUUAUUUUUACAGCGAAGAAGAACUAGCUCGUCAAACUGUAUUAAAAUAACCGAUAAGUACAUUUUGGCCGAUAACAGUAAACGAUAAUUCUUUUACAUUAGAAGCCGAUAAUCAAAAUAUUGGCCGAUAUAUAGUAUCUUAGUAUCAAUAUGACAUUUUCUGAGACUGAAAAAAAAGGCUAAAAAAGUGGACACACCUGCUUUAAUUAGAAACAUUCACUGCAGAAAACAAGGUUAAAAAUCAUGAAUUCUCUUUUCCCCUCUGAAAAUCAUGUACCAAACCUACUUUACACUGGAUAAAAAUUAUUUAACUUUUAAACUUUUCUGCUAUAAUUUUUAUUAAAUAAUCAAAUUAUAGACAUUCUUCUAGAGAAGGCCAAAAAAGUUUUUUUCUAAAUCGCCACUAGUCUAACAGGUCUCAAAACAGAAAGCAUUCCAACAGCAGUCUGAUUCAAAAAAUAUGCUUUUGUUCCAAUAAUUUAUACAUUCGUAAAUAUCUACAUAAUGUAGGCCUACCUACAUCAACAAUGUUUUGCUAACAGCAGUAAGUAAAUGAUCAUGACACGAAGACAGUACUGUACUGGGUUUUAACUGAGAGCAGAAUGCAGCCGAAGCGGUUUAACUAGUGGUUUAUCGGCUAUCAUUUUAUUAUCUGAUACCGAUAUCAUUAAAAAUGACCAUUUAUCGGUACGGAUAAAGCCGAUAAUUUAUCAUGCAUCCCUAGUAAAAGGUUCUUUAUGGAACAAAAAGGUUCUUCUAUGGCAUCGAAGAACCUUUUAAAGCACCAUUCUUGCUUUACAUAAAUCGGUAUUGGCAACCAAUGAUACCUCUGUAAUGAGAAAUAUUUCAGAGUAAAGCAGGUCAUACAGUUAGACAGGAAUUUUAUCUGUUUUAUAUCUGAAUGGAAACAAACCCUGAUGUUAGUUUACAGGCUGUUGUGGAGGCUCUGCCCUACUUGCUGGAAGUCAUUGACUGAAAGUUAACCCUUGUGUGGUACUCAGGUGUAUGGGAUGCACUUUUAAUGUUUAUAAAAACAGCAAUUUUUAUUUAUUUAAGCUACAAGUCUUUACACCUAAUCAUAAGGUAAGGUAGCGAAUUGCAACCAACGACUCACUCCCUCCCUUUUGAAGCACUACGGUGGCUUUCACAGGACAAAGGUGACAUUUACAUUUACAUUUAGGCAUUUGGCAGAUGCUUUUAUCCAAAGUUACUUACAUUGCAUUAUCCUAUACGUUUUUUACAUAGGCAUUUGCAAUCCCCUGGGAUCGAUCCCACAACCGCUCUUACCACUGAGCUACAGGAAAGUGUCAUCACAUUCUUGCUUCUUUGCAGAAGGAGAUAACAUGUUUGCGAAUCUCGCUCUGUAAAGCAGUUUUUCCUUUACUGAAGAAACAACAUAGCAAAUUCCAUGGAAAGGGGACCCGCGGUGAAUGUAGAUAGAAGAAUCUCAUAAAAACAACUUUAUACACCUCUGAACACAUAGUUAUCUAUAUUCAGUUGAAUACAUUCGGCAUUAACUAAUGUAAAUGACACAUAUUGACCAUAUAUGCAGUCUAUGUAACAUCUGUAAAGAACAUUGUAAAACGUUUUUUGUUUGUAUUGCUUUAAAAGCUGAAUAAUGUGUUAGAGACGUAAAUAUUGGCUUAGCAACAAACACAUGGACACCAUACACGGGUUAAAUGAUUUUGGUGAGGUCACGUAUACAACAGAAGUUUGUGUUAGAUACAAUGUGAGUAAUUGAUGAAUUAUUUUCUUUAGCAUAAAGCGUAAAUAAUGCACAAUAAGAGCAUCAUCAUAAGGUUGUUGAUACAAAGUCUGUUGGAGACAUUAGUGUCUUAUUCCGGGGACCAUCGUCCAAGAAACAUGUGAUCACCUUGGUCUCUUCAGGAGGGCAGAUCCACAGGACUCAACACAUUGACAUGUGACUAUUGUGGUCAACAAUCAACAGUUAGUAGUUAACCAGGCAGUAUUGUUUCCUCCCUUUGUGAAUGUGUCAAAGAGUGAUGUUGCAUAGGUUCAACCUCUUCUUGGUAUUUGUCUGAAUGUGGGUUAAACAUAGCCACGCCUUCUCGAGAAUUUGAGUGACGGCCGUGUUGCAUUUGAAUGGACCACCACUGGGGAUCUGACAUUGUGUGAGUCCACUGAUAAAAGGAUAAAUGCUGAGAAAUGUCAGACAUCUGGAAAUGAAAGACCAUUUUUGGAGUCGGUCAGCCCAGAGAAACAUCGCACAGACAGCUGAUAAAUAUCUAGAGGAAAGCAGCAUUUGAGACAUCAGUGUGGCCGAUCCAGCCAUUUAGAAGACCAUUGAAAGUGUCUUACCCUCACCAGAGCCUUACGCCUGGAGUUGACAUCAUAACUUUCUACCCUCCUUUGUUUCACUCCGUCCCGUGUCCCAGGUCCUUUGUGGAAAGUCAGUUUUCGCGGAAGACUUCAUUUUCCGCGCUUUCAAAUCCAUGAAACAGCUAACUGUAUAUAUCUGGUAGGCGUGUGACUUAUUGAAAGCAUUUACUGCCACACCUUUUCUUAGCAAAGCCAUUAUGACCUGAGCUUUCAGCCACAGCUCUCUGUAGAGCGGUAGGUGUUAAUGUUUGCAUGUUUUUUCUUUACCCCAUUAACUUUGUGUGCUUUUAACAGUAUUAUUAACAGAUGGAUCUUACUGCCAAGCAUCAAACACUAUAAAUACCUGUUAUGUACUCUCUGUUCAUGGAAAGCAUUUAGCCAUUUUCUUGAUUUAAUAAUGUUGAUCUCAGUAUUUCUCUGUACCACAGAUGAUGUCGACAUAUUGUUGCUCACAUAAAUAAA